CUGUCGCCGCGGGACACCAAAACCCGUCCCCAUGACGAAAUACCCGAACCCGUUGGCGAGUCCGAUUCAUUCUUCAUUUCUACAACUCUCUCUCUCUCUCUCUCUCUCUCUCUCUCUCAUCUCAUGGCGAUGAUUGACGAUCCGCAACUUGUCCCAUUCUCGUAGCAAAAGAUUUCAUACGCGUGUAUAUAGUAGCUCGCAGGAGCUCCUUCCGCCAUGGACCGCGAGAGAGAAGGAGUUUCAGAAACUCGAUCUAAUGAAGAACAGGUCAACUGGAGGAGCUGUUAUAAGCAGACACUGAUUUUAGCAUAUCAGAGUUUCGGCAUAGUAUAUGGUGACUUGAGCACGUCUCCUCUCUAUGUCUACCAAAGUACGUUUUCUGGGAGGUUGCGUCAUUACCAAACUGAAGAUGCAAUAUUUGGUGUAUUUUCCUUGAUAUUUUGGACUUUCACAUUGAUCCCAUUAUUCAAGUAUGUCUUCAUCGUUUUAAGUGCAGAUGAUAAUGGUGAAGGGGGAGCAUUUGCUUUAUAUUCUGUCCUUUGUAGACAUGCGAAAUUCAGCUUGCUUCCUAAUCAGCAAGCAGCUGAUGAAGAGCUAUCUACAUAUUAUAGACAUGGACACCCGAAUCGGAAUGUAGGUCCCUCUCCUUUGAAAAGGUUUCUUGAGAAACAUAAAAGGCUGAGAACUGCUUUACUUCUUGUAGUUCUGUUUGGUGCUUCCAUGGUAAUAGGUGAUGGUGUUCUCACACCAGCAAUUUCUGUUCUGUCAUCCAUUUCGGGGCUGCAACUUCAAGCCAAGAACCUAGAUGAUGGCAUGGUGGUAAUUAUUGCCUGCGUUGUACUGGUUGGCCUAUUCGCUUUGCAGCACUAUGGUACUCACAAGGUGGCCUUCUUGUUUGCACCCAUUGUAAUCAUCUGGCUCAUCAGUAUUGCAGUCAUCGGCAUGUAUAAUAUCAUUCAUUGGAACCCUAGAGUAUUCCGUGCCCUCUCUCCACAUUACAUUUUCAAGUUCUUUAAAGAGACGGGAAAAGAUGGAUGGAUUUCUCUCGGUGGCAUAAUUCUCUGUAUUACAGGUACUGAAGCUAUGUUUGCAGAUCUUGGCCACUUCACUACUACAUCCAUAAGGGUUGCAUUUGUUUGUGUCAUUUACCCAUGUUUGGUGCUACAAUACAUGGGGCAGGCUGCAUUUCUUUCUAAGAAUUUCUCAAACAUCCCCAUGUGCUUCUAUGGGUCCAUUCCAAAUAUUGUGUUUUGGCCAGUUUUUGUGGUGGCCACUCUUGCUGCCAUUGUUGCCAGUCAGGCUGUCAUCUCAGCAACAUUUUCAAUCAUCAAGCAAUGCCAUGCAUUGGGUUGCUUUCCACGUGUCAAGGUUGUCCACACAUCGAAAUGGCUCUAUGGUCGGAUCUACAUCCCUGAAAUCAAUUGGAUUCUCAUGGUUCUCUGUCUGGCUGUCACAAUUGGUUUCCGAAACACAACCUUCUUAGGAAAUGCAUAUGGCAUUGCAUGCAUGAUGGUAAUGUUUGUGACUACAUGGUUGAUGGCAUUGGUCAUCAUCUUCGUAUGGCAGAAGAAUAUUUUAUUUGCUGUUGUAUUCCUUGUCUUCUUUGGAUCGAUCGAGGCCUUGUAUUUAUCAUCUUCGAUCAUGAAAGUGCCUCAGGGCGGAUGGGUGCCCCUUGUGCUAUCCAUGGUUUUCAUGGUUGUUAUGUAUGUAUGGCACUAUGGGACCCGCCAGAAGUACCUCUUCGACUUGCAAAACAAGGUCUCCAUGAAAUGGAUCCUCACGCUGGGCCCCAGCCUCGGCAUUGUCCGGGUCCCGGGAAUCGGCCUCAUCUACACAGAGCUGGUCACUGGGGUCCCGGCCAUAUUCUCCCACUUCGUCACCAACCUUCCAGCUUUCCAUCAGGUGCUUGUCUUUGUCUGCGUGAAGUCGGUCCCCGUCCCAUACGUGUCAGCUGAUGAGCGGUAUCUGAUUGGCCGGAUCGGCCCUAAGGCCUACCGGAUGUACCGCUGCAUCGUCAGGUAUGGAUACAAAGAUGUGCGGAAAGACAACGACAACUUCGAAAACCAUCUUGUGAUGAGCAUUGCCGAAUUCAUUCAGAUGGAAGCUGAGGAGGCCAAUGCAGGUAGCGCCGAGUCACCCAUCGACGGGAGAAUGGCAGUUGUCCAGACUUCCGAGAGGUUUGGCACGAGGUUGGUGAUGUCGGAAAGCUAUGAUGAUGGCAACAGCGAGGACACCUCAGUGCGGAGCAGCAAGUCUGUCACAUUGCAGACUCUACAGUCCUUGUACGAGCUGGAGUCUCCCCAAGUAAGCCAGCGGCGGCGGGUGCGGUUUGCACUUCCCGAAACAGUGUAUUUGGACCCACAAGUCAGAGAAGAGCUCAUGGAGCUCAUCGAGGCUAAGCAUGCAGGCGUCGCAUACGUGAUGGGCCACUCAUAUAUAAAGGCUCGGAGAAGUUCAUCAUUCAUAAAGAAGUUUGUGGUCAAUGUCGCAUACUCUUUCCUCCGGAAAAACUGCCGUGGGCCCUCAGUGGCCUUGAACAUCCCACAUAUCAGCCUCAUCGAAGUAGGCAUGAUCUACCAUGUGUAGAGGGCCUGUGGUUUUUGAAUGGUAGACUCACCUGAGAAACGAUCUUCUGUGGCGGCCUGUGUGGGCUGUCGACAGGUCCCAUCAGCUCAUAUUUUUAUUCCCACAAAAGUGCUGAUAUGGGGGACACUGUAGAAGGUAAGCUGUUAACUGUAGUUAAUGAUCCAUGGCAAGCAGUUGGAAGUCGUUUUGGAAUUGUAUGCUGCUUCUUUUUCUUCCUUUUUUAAGAUGGAAAAUGCAGGGUCGUCAGUGGGCCAUCCGCUUAUCCGUUUGGAUGUCAUUGCGCCAAAUGAGAUUAAAAUGGAUUUUGUUGGAUAUACCGAAAUAAUAAGAGCAGAUUGGUGUGAGUUUUUU